AUGGAGGGUGAUGAGGUUAUCGGUGCACCAAAGCAUCCUGAUUGGUUGCAAAUGGUGUGUGUUAAGGAGGGUGAAGUCCCUCACAUGAUCGCCUACAUUUCGACCAGGCUUUCCCACUAUCGUCCCACUAUGCGUCAUGACAUUGUUGACCAUCGUGACAUCCUCGUCCUCUCCCUCUUUAGUGGGGGCGAGGUUCUCAACCUAAUGAACGUCUAUUCUGACAAUCAACACACAGCCAUUGAGCACCUUGCUGCCUGUGUGCAUUCUCUUCCACCCUUCAUCUACAUGGCAGGCGACUUCAACUGUGUGUCCACGACUUGGGAUGAUUAUGAUCAUGGCAAGUCAGUGACAGCAAUUUCCCUGUGGGACACUGCAUCUCAGAUUGGCCUCAAGUGGGCGCGACCUUCUAAUCAUGGUCCAACGAGGAUUAGUCCCAAUCCAAACCAGAGAUCCAACGUCUUGGAUCUUGUAUUCUUAGCUCCAUCUGAGAUCUUAAUCUCGAUGCCCAGAUUGGAGCACGAUCUCCAGGGUCUGUCAGAUCAUGUCCCAAUCUGUACGGAUCUUUCUAUUGGUCCUGAACCACCUGCAGAUUCACCCCUUUCUCUCGAACGCCCACUUUCAGACCACCCCACCUGA